AUGGCAUACCUUAGUGCCAUAUCUUCAGUGCCACUUUCUCAUAAACAGUGUCAUCGUAUCUUACACAUUGGCUGGACAUACGUCUUCCCCAGACAUUUCCCACGCCGUUCUGUGUCCAAUCUUCCGAUACCAAUGCUCUUGAAACUCGCUGACUCAACAGGAACGGCCUUAAAGUUGCUUGCGACGCGUAUCGUGAUGGGGAGAGGUGGGCCACACCCUUCCACCUGGCCCAGUAACGACCGCCGAGAUGCUGACCGCAGAGGAGACGAAGGCCGUGGCGCUGGUGGUGAUGGCCGUCGUGACUCUGGCCAUGAGCUUCCUCCCUCUCUACAUCCGGAAGGUGCUGAGUCAGCGCAUGGCCCAGACCUACGGGCAGGUGCUGCUGUCGGGUGCCUGUGCUUCGGCGCGGGCGUGCUGCUCUCCAUCGUGUUCCUGCACCUGCUGCCGGAGACGCGGGCGACGCUCGAGUACGCGAUGGACGCCGACCUGUUCCCGCACACCCACUACCCGGUGGCGGAGGUGGUCCUGGUGGGCGGCUUCUUCAUGGUCUACCUCUUGGAGGAGCUCAUCCACACGUGGAUCCACCGCGCCCACCACAACCAGCACCACCGCCACGGCGACGCGGAGGCCGCGGGCGGCGGCGACAAGGCCGUGGGCGCCGGCGGGAAGCGCGAGCGGCUGCCCUCCGAGGGUCCGGCGGCGGCGCAGGAGGCCGUGGGCGGGCACGGGUCGGUGCGCGGCGUGGCGGUGCUCAUGGCCGUGGACGGGCGCGUGAACGAGGCGUUCGAGGGCGACGGGUGCACGGGCGGCCCGGUGGAGGCGGCGGCGCGGCGCAACGUGCACACCGUCCCGCACCACCACGCGGCCGCCGUCGACAAGAACGUGUCGGUGAUGGGCGCCGUGGUGGUGGUGGUGGCGCUGUCCUUCCACAGCGUGAUGGAGGGCCUCGCGCUCGGCCUGGAGGAGGAGCCGACGGACGUGUGGAUCCUGAUGGCGGCGCUCACGUCCCACAAGGUCUUCAUCGCCUUCAGCAUGUCCAUGGAGCUGCUGGAGGUGGGCGUGUCCCUGAAGCCCUUCGCGGCCUCCAUGAUCGUCUUCUCGCUGGCCUCCCCCGUCGGCGGCCUCAUCGGGGCCCUCGUCGUGGCCUACUCGGGCGACCAGGAGUCCGCGGGCGCCGUGCUCGCGCCCACCUUCCUGCAGGCGGUGUCGGGCGGCACCAUUCUGUACGUGGCCUUCUGCGAGGUGCUGGAGCGCGAGCGAGCCAAGCCCAAGGGCGGCAUGGUGCGGUUCCUCACCCUCCUGCUGGGCUUCUGCCUCAUGGCCGGCCUGGAGGCCGUCGGGGGCCACGAGCACGGCCACAAGAGCGAAGGCCCGACGGCCACCGUCACCCCGUAGGCGCGCCCCGAGGCCGGCCAGCGCUGGCGCCGUAGUUGCUGUGAUGAUCCUCUUGGGAAUCGGAAGGGCGUCGGCCAGGAGGACCUGCUUGCGAGUGGCCGCCGUCGUGGGGACUGGGAGGGAGAGCAGUCUCAAGGGCUAUACAAGCGUCCCUCACCCUCCAGUCGGAGGACGAGGUCGGCGAGGAGAGAACCUCGCUGCUCUCUUUUAUUCGUGGGUGGCAGUUUGGUGGCAGAAGCGAGCAGGAGAAGCAUCCUGAUCUUUUAGAUCAUUAGUUUUCCGUUUUAGAAGGAGGAUAAACAAUUAAACGCACAAAAA